AAAAGAUGAGCUGGCCUGGAAAUCUGCAAUGCAACAGCAGCAUCAGAUGUUGGAGCAGCAGGGACGGCAACAACACAUGCAUGGAGGGCCCGGGAUGCCACCCAGCCAUCAGGUUGACAUAGAGAAGCAGAGAGAAGCACAGCAGAAAUUGAUGGAGCAGCAGCAGUUGGCAUUACUGGAGGCCCAGAGAGGAGAGCAACAUCAGAGAAUGAUGCCCCCUGGUCAAGGUCAGGCUAUGAACCCUUCAGGAGUGCCGCCCGCUGGACCCAUCAGAGGUGCAGGGCCCAUGCAGCCACAGCCUGGUCAAGGCAUGAGACCCCCUGGAAUGGGGAGACCUGGAAAUAUGGGCGGCCCACCGCCCCCUCAAAUGAUGGGCGGAGGAGGUCCACAGGGUCAGAUGCAUGGUCCACCAUCAAUGAUGCAAGGUGGGCACCCACAGAUGUCACAAGGUGGACCAAUGUCACACGGUGGGCACCCACAGAUGUCACAAGGAGGCCCCCCACAGAUGUCACAAGGAGGUCCCCCACAAAUGUCACACGGUGGACCCCAGAUGUCACACGGCGGACCCCAAAUGCCACACGGUGUUCCUCCACCAAUGUCACACGGUGGCCCGCCACAUAUGUCACACGGAGGACCCCAACAAAUGUCACACGGUGGGCCUCCACACAUGUCACAUGGUGGACCCCCACACAUGUCCCAUGGUGGACCACAACAGAUGCAGCAGCAUGGGGGCCCGCCACAAAUGCAACAUGGGGGCCCACCACAAAUGCAACAUGGUGGCCCGCCACAAAUGCAGCAUGGAGGCCCACCACAAAUGCAGCAUGGUGGCCCGCCGCAUAUGCAGCAUGGUGGACCUCCACAAAUGCAGCAUGGUGGACCUCCACAAAUGAUGAUGCAAGGCGGUCCUCCAGGGAAUAUGGGAGACAGACAAUCAGGUGCACCUCCUCAGAUGCCUUCAGACAUGGGGGAAAGACCCCCCAUGUCUCAGGGAGGCCCCAUGAUGAAUUCACAAGGGGGCCCACCACAGAGAAUGCCCCAGGGCAUGCGUCCUGGUAUGCCAAACAAAGAAAUGGGCCCUCGAGGAGCUGGCGACGGUUUAGGUCCCUCUGCUGAUGGAGGGGGCCCUCAAGGUUCGGGUGAUGGCCCAGGGCCAAGAGUUUCCAGAGCCCCAUAUAAUGGUCCUAGCACACCAGUUGGUCCACGAGAUGCAAAACCCAGUAUCCUCCCUUCACCUCAGCAUGUCAGAGAGGGGCCGAAGGAAAUGAAAUUGCCGCAAGCCUUGGAGAAAAUGUUGGAGUUUAAAUCACAGAGAGCUCACGAGAUUGGAAUUGAUCUUGAUAAUUUGGAGAAUAAGGACA